AUGCCUUUACAUGUAUUAUAUCGAAUACCCAAAACAAUCGUAAAUUUGUGGCGUGUGCGCGGUAAAUUUCCAUCUGACCUCAAGGGUCAAUGGGCUUGGAAUAAAUUAUCAAAAAUAUCUCGCUCAUACUCCCAUUGUUUUUGUCAUUUACACAUUCACAUUGCAUAAGCUGUUUGUCUAUAUUUGUUACAGAUAACGCCAUAUGAUGUGUUGAACUUUGCCAUUGAUGUAACAAGAUAUUCAUAUACUCAUCUGUGACAUCAAUUUCACGGACAGUAUCGAGUGAGACUCCGUUGACAUAGUAUACAUUCAACAUGUGUAUAAUAAGAUUUUUUUCAUAUGAAGCAUUUAGUGUCCAUAAGACAAAAGAAAUACUUCAAAAGCUAAGAGUCGUUGACCGUGAUGUAGUGGAAUUAUCUACGGAGCUGUGUUACCAUGUCGAGUUGGCCGAGGGCUGUGAAUACCUAAAUAUUAAUCAGAUAAAGAUUCUGCAGUGGCUGUUGAGUUCCCCGCUCCAGCCUAAUGCUUUAAGGAAUAAUACUGUCUACACUAAUGUGAAAGAUAACCAGGUUGUUAUUGAAAUUGGGCCAAGAUUUAAUUUCUCAACGGCUGAUUCGAGUAACUCAGUCCAAAUUUGCGAAAGCGUUGGUCUACGCGAUGUGGUCCGCCUCGAGGUAUCAACCAGACACCUCAUCACUUUCAACAGGACUAAGAAUGUCUCAAAUAAGCACUUUGAGGACUUGGCCUCAGUUUUGCAUGAUAGGAUGACGCAAUGUAUAUACACGUCAGAAAAUCUCCCGAGGCACAGUUUUAAUGAGGGGCUGCCGAAGGAUCUGGAGCCCUGGUUCGUGGUGCCUCUUCUGAAGGAGGGACGACCAGCUAUGGAACGAGUCAACCAAAAACUAGGUUUGGCGUUCGAUUCCUGGGACAUAGACUUUUACACGGACCUGUUUGUAAACAAACUGAAGCGUGACCCAACCAGCGUGGAGUUGUUCGAUCUAGCCCAGAGCAACAGUGAGCACUCUCGUCAUUGGUUCUUUAAGGGCAAAAUCAUACUGGAUGGCAAAGAGAUCAACGAAUCAUUAAUUGAUAUGGUUGCUUCCACUCAAGCGACGUCGAACGAUAACAACGUCAUUAAGUUCGGUGAUAACAGCAGUGCCAUCAAAGGAUUCAAACACACAAAACUAAAGCCGACCAACGUCCGAGCGCCAUCACAAGUCAUCCAAGAGGUCACUGAAUCCGACAUCAUCUUCACAGCGGAGACCCACAAUAUGCCUACCGCGGUGGCUCCGUUCAGUGGGGCCACUACUGGGACUGGUGGGCGUAUUAGAGACGUCCAGGGGGUUGGGAGAGGAGGGCAUACUGUUGCUGGGACCGCUGGAUAUAGCGUUGGAAACUUGAACAUACCCGGUUACGAACUACCAUGGGAGGAAAAGACCUGGGAGUACCCGAGCAACUUCGCUAGUCCACUGCAAAUCAUCAUCGAGGCGAGCAACGGCGCUUCUGACUACGGCAACAAGUUUGGAGAACCGGUUAUUACUGGCUUUGUUCAGUCAUACGGCCUGAAGAACGGCGACAACGUGCGUGAGGAGUUCGUGAAGCCGAUCAUGUUCAGCGGCGGCAUUGGAUACAUGCCUCAUUCCAUGAUCAAAAAGAAUAAGCCAGACAAAGGCAUGCUUCUAGUGAAGAUCGGAGGGCCCGUGUACCGCAUCGGCGUGGGCGGCGGCGCGGCUUCCUCCGUCGCGGUGCAGGGCGGCGACUCGCGCGACCACGCGCUGGACUUUGGAGCUGUACAGAGAGGUGAUGCUGAAAUGGGCAACCGUCUCAACCGAGUUGUAAGAGGAUGCCUUGAGGCUGACGUUAACCCAGUUGAGUCGAUCCACGACCAAGGUGCCGGCGGCAACGGGAACGUCCUGAAGGAGCUCGUGGAGCCGGAGGGCGCCGUGGUGUUCAGCAAGGAGUUCCGGCUCGGAGACCCCACCAUCACCACCCUGGAGCUGUGGGGCGCGGAGUACCAGGAGAAUGAUGCGCUGUUGUGCUCUAAGGAGAACAGAACUGUUUUAGAAGAAAUCUGCCAGCGCGAGCGCUGCCCCGUAUCCUUCGUGGGCGAAGUGACCGGCGACGGCUACAUGAGUCUCGUGGAGGGGCCCUUCAGCGACCGGUACCUCAGCAGGAACGAGAGGUCGAAACCUGAGGUCAAGGCCAAACUACCGUACGAUCUACACUUGGAAGCUGUCUUAGGAAAUAUGCCAAGAAAGACAUUUGACUUCAGACAGGACAAGAGAACCAAACUGCCGCUCUCACUGCCAAAGGACGUUACCGUCCAAAGUGCUUUGGACAGGGUUUUGAGACUCGUCAAUGUUGCUAGCAAGAGAUACCUUAUUAAUAAGGUCGACCGCUGCGUCACGGGUCUAGUAGCCCAGCAACAGUGCGUGGGCCCACUCCACACACCUCUAGCUGACUGUGCGAUCAUCGCCCUGUCUUACAACGAGCUCGUCGGCUCAGCCACCUCCAUCGGAACACAGAACAUCAAGGGUCUGCUGGACCCCGCUGCAGGAGCGCGGCUGUCUCUCGGAGAGGCUCUUACCAACUUGGUAUUCGCCGGCAUUUCCUCACUAGAAGACGUGAAGUGCUCGGGCAACUGGAUGUGGUCGGGCAAGACGGGCGGCGCGGGCGCGGCGCUGGUGGUGGCGUGCGGCGCCGUGUGCCGCGCCAUGAGGGAGCUGGGCGUGGCCGUGGACGGCGGCAAGGACUCGCUGUCCAUGUGCGCGCAGGUCGCCGGGGACACGGUCCGCUCACCUGGAACUCUGGUAGUGUCGACGUAUGCGCCGUGCCCUGAUAUUACCGUCAAGAUAGAACCGGCUCUAACAACCGAGAACUCUGUGCUCGUGCACGUGCCCGUAUCAGCUGGGAAAUACAGAUUGGGAGGUUCUGCGCUGGCGCAGUGCUACAAGCAACUUGGCGACAACCCGCCUGAUCUUGACCAACCGGCCGUACUGAAGUCACUGUUCAAGAUCACGCAGAAACUCUUGAAAGAAAAGAAGCUACUUUCCGGCCACGACAUCAGCGAGGGAGGUUUCAUCACCACGGUCCUAGAGAUGGGCAUCGGCGGUCUGAGAGGGCUCCACGUGGACCUGCAGGCCCCCGUGUCGGCCAUCGAAGCGCUCUUCAACGAAGAGUUGGGCAUCGUCCUAGAAGUGGCGCCAGACAAUCUGCAAUACGUGCUCGCCGAGUAUAAUAACGGUGGAGUGAAAGCGCAGAAGAUUGGCGUUACCGGCAAAUAUGGCAUGCGCUCUGAGAUCUCCGUGAAAGUGAAUGGCGAAUCAGUGUUGAAGACUCAGCUGAUAGACGUGUACAGAAUGUGGGAAGAGACAAGCUACCAGCUGGAGUGCCUGCAGGCCAACUCCGAGUGUGUCAAACAGGAAUGGGAAGGUCUCGAGCAACGCAAGGGUGUAACGUACAACGUGACCUACGAUCCUACAGCCGCGGUUAUCAAGUCCAAAUCCGUCAGGGUAGCGGUUCUUCGUGAAGAAGGAACGAACGGUGAUCGUGAAAUGAUCGCUUCACUGUUGAUGGCCAACUUUGAAGUUUUCGAUGUGACCAUGAGCGACUUGCAGAACGGCAAGAUCACACUUGACGCUUUCAAGGGACUUGUGUUCCCCGGUGGAUUCAGUUAUGCAGACACCCUAGGCUCAGCUAAAGGCUGGGCGGCCGGCAUCCUGUUCUCCAACUCGCUGAGCUCCCAGUUCGCUCACUUCAAGGACCGAAGCGACACGUUCUCGCUGGGCGUGUGCAAUGGUUGUCAACUGAUGGCUCUGCUCGGCUGGAUCGACCCUGAGCCCAAGGUGCAGAACAAGACACAAGUGUUCUUGGACCAUAAUAAGUCGGAGAGAUUCGAAUGCCGCUGGAGCGCAGUAAGGAUCAGCGCCGGCGCCGCCGACGUGUGGUUCGGCGGCAUGGCGGGCAGCACGCUGGGCGUGUGGGUGGCGCACGGCGAGGGCCGCUUCGUCGCCUCCGACGCCGCGCUGGCCGCCCUGCAGCAGCAGCGGCAGAUCGCCAUGCAAUACGUCGACGAUGAUGGCGUUCCUACUGAGACUUACCCGAUGAAUCCUAACGGAAGUCCACUGGGCAUCGCCGGCGUGCGGUCGCGGGACGGGCGGCACGUGGCCAUGAUGCCGCACCCCGAGCGCUGCGUGCUGCGCUGGCAGGCCGCCGCGCCGCCCGCCCUCCCCGCCCCCGCCGCCACGCUCAGCCACGCCUCGCCCUGGCUGAGACUCUUCCAGAACGCAUACACGUGGGCUGUCAAACAUUAAAUGUGCAUCGAACAAAUUGCUUGAAAACGUUACGGAAAAGGGACGCCUUUCCUGUAGACAAUAUUAUAUAAAACUACUAAAUCUUUCAUCAUUCAGCUUUUAAGGAGCUUGAACAUGUUUAUGCUAAAAAAUGUUUCAAUCCUAAUGGUGAAUAUUGGUUGUGGAUAAGCCUUUCCUGCCGUUACAAUGCAUUUAGAAAUUGAUUUAUCGGCACCCGCAAUGUGGUACUUUUUGAUUAAAACCGCUACAAAAAAAUCCUAACAGAAAAAUCCUAUCAUAGAUCUAGUAUAUUUUCUAUAGAUGCGCCAUAAGCGUGCACCCGUGAGGGACAGAACAUACACAAUGCGACAAAAUUAAAAACACGUUUUAACCUUCCUGACAACUUACCAAAACCAACCUACGUAAUUUGAUCGGGUUAUUUGUUACCCACCAUAAUCCAUACUACUGGUGAGGACUAUAAAAAAUGUGAGACUAUGCCAAAAGCAAACAAUAAUAACGCUUUCUCUCCUACUCCUACUGAAAGUUCCAUUAGAGCAUCUCGUCCGGUCAUCUCCCGGCUCUACGAUUUCACCUUUAUACUAUAUAUUGCUCGUUUUCCCUCACGCUGACCAUUUUAGGAAGCAAUCCAAGUAUCAGUACAAGAGACGCCUGCAAACGAUAGUUAAAAAAACUAUUAAUUAUAGAAAAAUUGUAAUGUCUAUAAAUUUACUGCCAAUUACUCUUUGCUGCGUCUUGGAAACGAGACAUUUACUGUAUUGUUAGUCAUAAGUUGCUACUGAUAUCAUAUAACCAGGGCCGGAUUUAGGGGAGGGCAACCGGGGCUACAGCCCCGGGCCUCCACAAAAGAGGGGCCCCCACAAUAGAGACAUCGAAAAAUGUAUCGUAUUAUUUUGAAAAAAAUUUGGGGCCAGGGGGCCUCCACUCCUUUAUUGCCCGAGGCCUCCAGACCUCUAAAUACGGCAUUGCAUAUAACCCACUUGAUGACUACAUUUCCAUGGAUGCGAUAUUUCGUCUUCCAAUACGUAUGCAUUCCACACCAAUUUGUGAUGCCUAUGUAUUCUAUUUUCAACAUGUUUAAUUCAUAUUGUUUUGCACAAAAACUUUAGAAAAAGAAGAACGAGAGAAAAUAAAAUUAGAAAAUCAUAAAAUCCUUGUGGAAAUUGAGUGCUUUAUUUAUAAUCAUUUUGAUAAAUUGAAACAAACUCGAAUGUAAUUCAUCUCAUUUAUUAUGCUAUAUAAAAUAUAGGUACAUAUUUUUAAAGUUUACUCGUUUUAUAGUGUAAAACAUUCCUAUAUACAAAUAUGUUUUAAGUUAAAUAUUUACAUGUUAAGUAUUAUUAAGAACAAAAGUGCCUUAUGAACUAAAAGUUCGUUGUUUUUUUAAUAAAUAUCGAAACUUCUUAAA